UGCAUGCCCCCUACCAACGCCAAGUUGGAGGCGUGUACAAAGACUGGGAUCCAGGACAGGAUUAUUCAUUCAUCUGGAUCCUACCCUCUUCAGAAGUCCAAACCUAAUGGGUGAUCCAAUCAGGUCUUCCAAAUCCUGAACAAGGAGUCAGUCACAUCUCUCAACUUUUUCCACCUCGUGAACAAGAUGGUGAAGCUCUUCCCAGGUGCGCUCCUAUCUCCUCCAGUUCUAAUACAACCACGAGGUCCUUCUUUUUGCUUCCUACCCCUUUCUCAAAUGAGGUGGACACGCUUGCUUUUUCUCCCCACCAGGUUCUCAACCAACUCUACUCUGGUUGAGCAAGAACUCAGGUCCCAGCUACUGAAAGACAUGAUCCCCUCCUCCAUCGCCACGUCCCCACCCCCACCCCCACUCCUGGAAUGACCUGUCCUUGCGUGCCGCGCUAGCGCCCGAGGCUCAGGAGAGAGCCACUCAAGCUCCAGCUUUGCACAGCCCCGACUCUGCGGAACUCCCGUGCUUGGACGCUUCGGGAAGUGCCAGAAGCAGCUAGAGCGAGACGGUGAAUGCCAAACGAGGCUGCCCCGGUGAUAGCAUCUUCCCUACGCGCCCACGGCUGCUGCUUCUUCUCACUCUCCCGCGCCUAAGGGGCCAACUUGAUCCAGGCUCCCAGCACAGUUGCGUCCCGGUGCCAUUGAAGCUGAGCCUGCAGCAUGUGGAACGCGACGCCAAGCCGGGAACCGGAGCCCAACCUCACGCUGGCGGACCUGGACUGGGAUGCUCUCCCCACUAACGACUCCCUGGUCGACGAGCUACUGCCGCUCUUCCCCGCGCCGCUGCUGGCGGGCGUCACAGCUACCUGUGUGGCGCUCUUCGUGGUGGGCAUCGCGGGCAACCUGCUCACCAUGCUGGUGGUAUCGCGCUUUCGGGAACUGCGCACUACUACCAACCUCUACCUGUCCAGCAUGGCCUUCUCCGACCUGCUCAUCUUCCUCUGCAUGCCCCUCGACCUCGUCCGCCUCUGGCAAUACCGGCCCUGGAACUUUGGCGACCUGCUCUGCAAACUCUUCCAGUUCGUCAGCGAGAGCUGCACCUAUGCCACGGUGCUCACCAUCACAGCGCUGAGCGUCGAGCGCUACUUCGCUAUCUGCUUCCCUCUGCGCGCCAAGGUGGUGAUCACCAAGGGCCGGGUAAAGCUGGUCAUCUUGGUCAUCUGGGCCGUGGCCUUCUGCAGCGCCGGACCCAUCUUUGUAUUAGUCGGGGUGGAGCACGAGAAUGGCACCGACCCUCGGGAUACCAACGAGUGCCGAGCCACUGAGUUCGCGGUGCGCUCUGGACUGCUCACAGUCAUGGUGUGGGUGUCCAGCGUCUUCUUCUUUCUGCCUGUCUUUUGCCUAACUGUACUCUACAGUCUCAUCGGAAGGAAGCUGUGGCGGAGGAGACGCGGAGAUGCAGCGGUGGGCGCCUCGCUCAGAGAUAAGAACCACAAGCAAACUGUGAAAAUGCUGGCUGUAGUGGUGUUUGCUUUCAUCCUCUGCUGGCUGCCCUUCCACGUGGGGAGGUAUUUAUUUUCCAAAUCCUUUGAGCCGGGCUCCCUGGAUAUUGCUCAGAUCAGCCAGUACUGCAACCUCGUGUCCUUCGUCCUCUUCUACCUCAGCGCGGCCAUCAAUCCCAUUCUGUACAACAUCAUGUCCAAGAAGUACCGGGUAGCGGUGUUGAAACUUCUGGGAUUUAGUUCCUUCUCCCAGAGAAAGCUCUCCACUCUGAAGGAUGAAAGUUCCCGGGCCUGGACAAAAUCUAGUAUUAAUACAUGACAGACACAUUGCUGAGCAGUCAUCGCUUAUUAUUCUACACUGGAAGCCAUCGCACAGCGGAACUUGGGAGGAAAGCUGGAGGUCGGUUUGGGAAUUAGGGACACUUGGAUCUGGAAACCGUUAGGGGAAAGAAAAGAGAAUUUGUAGGGUAUGAGCAGUUUGGUUUGAUUGUACACUCAUCAGUGUUCUCACACGCUAUUCCUGCAUCUCUCCACUCCCUCUAUGAUUUGCUUUCUGCAGCUGGUGCUUUGCAAUUCAGAGAAAGGAAGAGGUGCCGAGUGGGCCAUUAGGGCACUCCACAUUAAAUCGGAUUCGCUUUCUCACGAAGGUCAUAAUUAUUUGGCUAAAUAGAAUGACAUUAAAAUUUUAAAACAUGACUUUAAAAAACUAGCAAUUUUCCUAAAGCUCUAGAGCAGUGCUGUCCAACAGAAAAGUAAUACAGGUCACCUAAGUAAUCAUUAUACAAUGAUUCAUGAGAAAUUUAUAUUCUAUUUGUCACAGUAAGUCUUUGAAGUCCAGCACGUUUUCACACUUACCACUCACCUUGAUCGGGCUAUGAAGUUUUCAUCAGUAACAGUGGAUGCAUUUAGAUUUCAUCAAAUGUAAUAGAUGAAAAAGUAGAUUCAACAGCUUAAAUUAUGUAAAUACUCUUCAAAAUUUUCCCAUAGCUAAAAAAAAA